AUGUCUUCUCCUGCUAAGAUGAUCCGCCGGAAGAAGAAUGUCAAGAAGGGUAUCCAGUUCUGCUUGAUGGUCUGCGGAGCAUCAGGGACUGAAAAGCUUGCUGAUGGCGUCCUCGCUCCCUUUGCAGGUAGAACCACUUUCGUGAACACGCUCUGCGGCAAGUCCGUUCUUGCUCACAAGGAAUCUGACGACGCAAACGCCGCACACAUCGAGGAAGGCGUCAAGAUCAAGCCCAUCACAGUUGAGCUUGAGCUCGACGAGGAGGGAACUCGUAUCUCGCUGACCAUUGUUGACACCCCGGGCUUCGGAGACCAAGUUGACAACGAGGCCAGCUUUUCAGAGAUUGUUGGGUACCUUGAGAGACAAUACGAUGAUAUUCUGGCCGAGGAGUCCCGUAUCAAGCGUAACCCCCGCUUCAGGGACAACCGUGUUCACGCCCUUCUCUACUUUAUCACCCCAACCGGUCACGGCCUCCGCGAGCUUGACAUUGAGCUCAUGAAGCGUCUUGCACCCCGUGUCAACGUCAUCCCCGUCAUCGGCCGCGCCGACUCCCUCACGCCCGCCGAGCUUGCUGAGUCGAAGAAGCUGGUUAUGGAGGAUAUCGAGCACUACCGGAUCCCCGUUUACAACUUCCCGUAUGACAUCGAGGAGGAUGACGAGGACACCGUCGAGGAAAACGCUGAGCUGCGGGGCCUCAUGCCAUUCGCUAUUGUCGGAUCGGAGGACAUCGUUGAGAUUGGUGGUCGCAAAGUCCGCGCUCGUCAGUAUCCUUGGGGUGUGGUUGAGGUUGACAACCCGCGCCACUCCGAUUUCUUGGCUAUUCGCUCUGCCCUGCUACACAGCCAUCUUGCCGACUUGAAGGAGAUUACCCACGACUUCUUGUACGAGAACUACCGUACCGAGAAGCUUAGCAAGAGCGUUGAGGGUGGUGCUGGAGUUGACUCGUCCAUGAACCCUGAGGACCUCGCAUCCCAGUCCGUCCGUCUCAAGGAGGAGCAGCUUCGUCGUGAGGAGGAGAAGCUUCGCGAGAUUGAGGUCAAGGUGCAGCGUGAGAUCAACGAGAAGCGACAGGAGCUUCUUGCCCGCGAGUCCCAGCUGCGUGAGAUCGAGGCCCGCAUGCAACGAGAAGCUGCCGCCGCCGCCGCUCAGCAACAGCAGCUUAACAGCCACGCUGAGGCGAACGGCGAGCACGACGGCAACUAA